AUGCAGGGAGGCCAACAGAAAGAGCUCAAGGCGAUUCUCACUCGGCUACUUCAGGACAAAUCAAAAGCGAGCCCUGCUUCGUUUGUGAAACCGAGUUCAGUUCGGGGAAAUUACCUCACUUUAUUCCCCCCUAGUGGAUUUUCUGCUCCACUGCUUCUGCUGGAACGCCAAACUCGUGUUGACCUCCCCACAGCAGUUGGCAUGCGCGACUACGGUGCUCCAAGCAGGACUGCGGGGUGUCUACGACUUCUCAACAGCCGCAGUGACGAGCUCGCCCCGCUCCUUCUUUCCGAUGCUGCAGGCUGCAUGUGGAGCCUCUCCAAAGAGCGACAUAUUCGGGCCGAAGUAUGGGGUAGGCGCAACAGCCCGCAAGAGAUUGAUAAAUCCCCUGCGACGGACGAUUCUGAUGGGGACGAACGAAAUGAGCUGAGCUGGAUACCUGCUAUUUGCGGUGGCUUUUUCGGCGGGCUGGUCGGCAUGACGCUUGCUUGUGAUUCCUCCGAUCCCGGUCACCUAAGCCUGCUUAUGAUGGCAGCACAUGCAUCCGGAACAGUCACGGAGUGGAAGAUAUCUGCAGAAAGGGAAAAAGAAGUUCUAAAGGUGUCUUCCAAACUGUGUAAAUGCAUCCAUACUGGGAUGCCCAUCAGCUGCCUAGGGUACACAACGGACUGCGCAAGUGGCAGCGAACAUAGGCCAGAAGAGAACCAGGAUCAACGAUGCCUCCUAGGUUUUGCAGAUGGCACAGUUGCCUGGACAGAAGACGGCUGUGUCCGGCAGAGAUGCCGCUGCGACACGGCGACAGAUGCAGAAAGAAAGGAACGCACCUCCACUGCACAGACUACAGCUCAUCUGUUGGCUCUGCAAGUGGAUGGGAGCUUCUUUGAGAUGCUCCUGGAGCCAGGAUUGUUGCAGACCCCCCUCUCGCGCUCGCUUCUUCCCGACAGGAAAAUACAUAGCCAGGCGGCGGGGAACACCUUAAGAGUACUACCGCCAACUACCGCGCCCGUAUCUAUCUCUACUGGAAGCUUCCGUCGAAUUUAUUCUCCAUUCAUCAUAACGGCACGAGUAGACGGUGGACCUGUGCCUGUUGCUAUAUUAGGCGAACCUGGCAUCUUACAACUGCGGCUGCUAGCAGACGGCACAGAACAGCCAGGACUGCAUACUGGAUGUGCAUCGCCCCACGCGUCAUUUAAGUUGGAGUUUUCCUGCACAGCUGCUCCUAAAUCUGGCCCACUGUCAGGAGAACUCCUCCAGUAUUCAGGAACCCGAGAAGACCAUAACGAGGGCCCGCCUAAUCUCUCAUUGUCACCGAAGAAGUCGCGCCUCUAUUUGAAACGCCGGAUAUCAAUGACUCCCGAUGUGCAACAGCAGCUUGACGCUAUACUACAAGAAAAAGAAAAUAUCAAGGGAGACCUUCAGGCUCUUCUCGGCAGAGUUGCAGUAACGCCUGCUCUUCGCGGCCUGGAAGGAGAAGCAGAAAAAGUGGAUGCGGCUGUCCGGCUGCUCGCUAACCAACGAGCCUCAGCGAGCCAGAAGGAAAAGCAGCAGCACUUGCUGCUGCUUCAGCAUGCGUUUGUCGCGUUUCAUCAAAACUUGGUGCAGCACUUACAAGCUUCAAUCCUCACUGCGCCAAAGGAGCUAAGCAUUGCUGCUGAAAAUCCCGGAGAAACGAUCAAUGCAAAAGCCUACCUCUCCUUUCGGCGGAAGCCAAGAGAAAAAGCGUUGUCCAAGAAAGUUCUUUUUCUGAGGAAAGUUCAGAGACUUAACACAUUCAUCGUGGUCAAAAAUAUUUGGGCUCGUUGA